UCCACAGCUCUCUGCGGAGCGCAAGAGAGGAAAAGAAGAGGGCGCGAGACCACACAGAGACGUGUGACAGCAAGUCAUGGCCGGCAAAGCACUCCAAAUCUCCAACCCAUUCCCCUCCACCGUCAGCCCGCCGCCCACCUUCUUCACAUGGAAGCCGCCCAUGUUGCUCCCCCCUCGCGCCGCUGCCGGCGACGACAAGCCCGCCGAGUCGGACGCUUCCGCGGAGUCCCCGACCGCCGCUGACCCCUCCUUCGAGAAGCGGCUCAACCAGAUCCGGCUCAAGUACCGCAGCGGCACCGGGAAGAAGGCCGAGCAGCGUAAGGCCCGGAAGACCCCCGGCGCUGGCGCCGGUUCAUCCGGCAAGAAGAAGGGCAGCAUGCUGCUCCCGCCGGUUCCGCUGCGGGAGCCGAUGGCUGUAGGGGGCGUGCCGGUGGAGGUGGGCUUCACCCCCUACAGCGAGCGGCUAAACGGGCGGCUGGCCGGGCUCGGGCUGGCUGCGCUGCUGCUGGUCGAGCUGGGCUCCGGCAAGGGGCUGCUCCGCUACCACGCGCCGGCCGUCAUCUUCAUCCAGAUCUACACCGUCGCCGCGGCGGGCGCCCUUUUCAUCAAAUUCGACAAGGAGAGAAUCAGCGUGUGGCCCGAGAAACCACCGGCUUCCUCCUCCGCUGCUGCCGGUGAUUAACGCCACUUGCAGUGAGGAAAAUGGGAGGAGGGAAGGAUAAGCAUGAUGGGGAAGGCAGCGGCGACAAAGGAUUACAUGGACAUGGUUACCCUGGAUAUCCGCCAGCAGGGUAUCCUCCACCGCCUGAGGCAUACCAACCACAGCCUUACCCCCCUGCACCUGGUGGAUUCCCUCCUCAAUAUGGGUAUCCUCCUCAGGGGUAUCCCCCUGCUGCAUACCCCCCUGCACCUGGUGGAUACCCUCCUCAGGGGUAUCCCCCUACUGGUGGAUACCCUCCUCAGGGGUAUCCCCCUACUGCAUACCCACCUGCAGGUUAUCCUGGUUCAUCUGCUCCACCACAUCAAGGCCAUGGUUCUCAUAUGGGCACACUGAUAGCCGGUGGUGCAGCGGUGGCUGCCGCUGGGUAUGGAGCACACCACCUGGCUCAUGGUCAUCAUCAUGCUGGGCACGGUGGCUACCAUGGCCAUAUGCCUGGUCACCAUGGCAAGUUCAAGCACCAUGGGAAGUUCAAGCACGGCAAAUAUGGCAAGCAUAAACAUGGGAAGCAUGGCAAGUUCAGGAAGUGGAAGUGAGUAUUCAGGUGUCAAUGCUAGUAAAACCUUAAUAAUUUGAAGAUAUGGAGUCAUAAUUAUGCGGCUGAUCAUUUCAUCUCUAAUGCAUCUGGCCUUCCUAGUCUGUAUUAACGAAUAAGAAACAAUCAUAUUAUGGAAAUUGUCUACCGGUAGCCUGCUUUCUCCAUUCCAUGCGUAGAUCUUAGUGUACUACUUUGUUGUUUACUCGUGAGGAUUUCUUGUGAGAUUUGGUACAUUGUCUUGGUAUAGCCGUUCUAUUGGUUGGACAAACAUUGGUUAAGUAGAAAUUAUGCUUAUCAAUUGUUUGUCUUUUCUUAUUUA